UGCGAUCUAUUAUUGCUAUUGUCUGGUCGACCUCGAUGAGCAGCGCCAACAAGCUUGCGGGCCUGGUAGCCAAGAUCAACCAAAGCGGCCUGCCAUCGUUCCUACGGGAGAGUGCGCUCAGUCUGGCCUUCAACAGCCAGGUAAAGAUGGCGGGUGUUGCGGGCAUUCACAUUGAAUCAUUGACCGAAAGCCAAAGCGUGUUGCACCUGAAGAACAGGUUCCGCGUCCAGAACCACAUCGGUGGUGUCCACGCAUGUGGCAUGGCCCUCCUCGCUGAAUCGGCGUCGGGUGUUGUGUUUGGAGUGAACGUCAAGGACACGCACUUGCCGCUGCUCAAGUCCAUGUCCAUCAACUACGUCAAACGCGCCCAUGGUGAUCUCAAAGCUGUGGCCACGUUGACGCCUGAGCAACGGGAAGCCAUUCAACGUGAUGAUAAAGGCAACCUCGUCGUUGACGUCGUCCUCACAGAUGAGAAGGGCGAACAACCGGUGGAAUGUCAGAUGACGUGGGCGUGGACGCCGAAGAAACGAUCGACUAAACCGUAGUGUGCUUAUAAAAGACACCAACUCUACAAUUAAACAAUACUAGCGAUCUAUGUAGUAGUACUACAUACAGUGUGA